AUGGAGUUCGGUUCCAAGCUCAAGGACAUGAAUAUGACGCCGGAUGAAAUAGGCCGCUUUACCAAGGCUUUUCAAAAUGAGGAAUUCAGAAAGAUGCUGCACGAAUACGCAGAAGACAUAUCAAAGCCGGAGAACAAGAAGAAAUAUGAGGAAGAAAUCAAGUUGUUAGAGCAAGAGAGGGGCAUGGACAUUCAAUUUGUCCACCCCGAACCUUACAGAGUCCUGAAGACGAGUGUGGACGGUAAACAUAAGUGCUUCAUCAAUGUCUGCAGCAAUGACAUGAUUCGUAAACCUGAGUUUAGAAGGGUAGACGAGGCUGGCAGAGUAGGACAGCAUUGGUCACUACCCCACAGCUUGACACCUGGAACGCAAGACAGUGAUGCAAAGGGUAAUAAGUAUACGAUCUAUGAUGUUGUGUUUCAUCCAGACACUAUUCACAUGGCUGGAAAAAACCCGAGAUUUAUGGAAAUGGUUGACAACACUGCUGUUGAGGCUGUCGAGAAUGGUGGCAAAGUGAAGCUAGACAAGAACAAUGUGAGAGUUUUGAAAAUCAAAUACAAAGGGACACCACAUGCUGCCGUCAUGCGCAAGCCCUUACCUGGUCAACCCGCCAAGGGAAAACCUUCACCACUUGACCAUCAUCUCUCGUUCCCCUACCCCGACGAAAAACAACCAGACACCGCAACAAAUCAAAAGGAGAGCCAUAAACAAAGACAACAAAACGCCAAUUCACCCAAGGAGCCAACGAAACCACAUUACACUCUAAAAUACAGAUCAUUCAUUGAUUUGCAAGACUUCAGGUGUUCCAGAGAUUCGGCUCAGAGCCCACGCCCUAAAGAGAUUGUUAUCACUAUUGAUUUGCCUUUGCUUAGAUCUGCUGGGGAUGCUGAUCUGGAUGUGACUGAAAGACUUGUUAGAUUGGAAUCCAAGAAACCAGCUUACAGACUAGAGGUGCCGAUGGCAUAUCCAGUGGAUGAAAACAAGGGAGAGGCAAAGUUCAACAAGCAAAAUAAACAACUGGUUGUUACUUUACCUGUUCUACCUAUGAAGGAGCCACCAGUCGCUGAAAUGUCUGGCCAGCAGCUUGUCAGUGAUGAUGGUGAAGAGGAUUUUGAGAAUAGUUGUGAAAGCGCAGCGCAAUCGGAAGACACAACACGUGGCAAAGAUACCCCCGAUCACAGCGGACGUGGCAAAGAAGAUACCCCCAACCACAGUGGUUGCAAUGAAGGAGACAGCUCAGAAAAAGUUCACAGUGAAAAUGCUACAUCACUCAGGUUUGAAAAUCAACUCAUCUCAGUCCUGGAAGACAAUAAAGAGUUUUCUGAACAGUCCGGUGACAUUGAGGAGGACAAGCAACACAAACUGAGAAGUGGUGAAUCACACCGAGCUUCAGAGCCCACUGAGUUUGACGGCAAGACUGGGUACAAUGAUCAGAAUGAGGGACAGUCAGAUGAUAAGCGUUUACAUGAUGAGGUGAGCCAAUCAUCUUUAGGUUAACGUUCAUUCAGUAGAAGAAACCUUAACUAUUAUAGUGUUUGUCUAGCAAAAAACGGACCCUGUUGUUGAACUGAUAGGCUUCUCUUCAUCAGUGCUGUUACUAACCAACAUUCACUGUGACAAUUUUCUUUUAGGUGAAAACAGAACCCUCAUCCCUGAUUGAGAGAAUAGAUGACCCGUCUAACACUGCAGCAAUGGUCAUCCCAUUCAAUCUUGACAACAAUGACCAGGCCAAAGACUGCUCAUCCCCCAAGAUAGAAGAGAUAGUUGAAAGUCAAGCUCCAACUAAGGAUAAACAGAAGACUGUGCGAUUCAGUGAGCAUGUGGAGGUGGCUCAGUCUCAGGAUGAAGAGGACGACGACCUGCCUGCUGAGCAGACCUUUCAAGACUGUGAUAGGAGACAACAGCAAGCUGUGCUGACAGAAACCAAUGAGGAUGGACAAGAGGUGGUCAUUAGUGAUCAUACUACAUCUGCUGGUUUCGUUUUUCAAAACUCCUUCAUCUAUGACCUGGACUGA